GGGCGGCGAGGCCAGGUCGGAUUUCCUCUGAGGCUGGCGAUCGGCGAAGCUCCCACCUUCCCUUAGAGCUCGCUGCAGCCGCCUGCCCCCGCGCCCUCCGGAGACCGGAACGGGACCAUGAUGUGGACACGCUGGCUCGCGCUCGCGCUGGUGGCGGUCGCCUGGGUCCACGCCGAGGAGGAACCAAGGAGCAAAUCCAAGAUCUGUGCCAAUGUGUUUUGUGGAGCCGGCCGGGAAUGUGCAGUCACAGAGAAGGGAGAGCCCACCUGCCUCUGCAUCGAGCAAUGCAAACCUCACAAGAGGCCUGUGUGUGGCAGCAACAGCAAGACCUACCUCAACCACUGCGAGCUGCAUAGAGAUGCCUGCCUCACUGGAUCCAAAAUCCAGGUCGAUUACGAUGGACACUGCAAAGAGAAGAAAUCUGUAAGUCCAUCUGCCAGCCCAGUCGUUUGCUAUCAGUCCAACCGCGAUGAACUCCGACGUCGCAUCAUCCAGUGGCUGGAAGCGGAGAUCAUCCCAGAUGGCUGGUUCUCUAAAGGCAGCAACUACAGUGAAAUCCUAGACAAGUACUUUAAGAACUUUGAUAAUGGUGACUCUCGCUUGGACUCCAGCGAAUUUUUGAAAUUUGUGGAGCAAAAUGAAACCGCCAUCAACAUCACUACCUAUGCAGACCAGGGGAACAACAAGCUGCUUAGAGGACUCUGUAUCGAUGCUCUCAUUGAACUGUCUGAUGAAAAUGCUGACUGGAAACUCAGCUUCCAAGAGUUCCUCAAGUGUCUCAAUCCAGCCUUCAACCCUCCAGAGAAGAAGUGUGCUCUGGAGGACGAAACAUAUGCUGAUGGAGCUGAGACCGAGGUGGACUGUAACCGCUGUGUGUGUGCCUGUGGAAACUGGGUCUGCACAGCCAUGACCUGUGACGGUGAGCUGUGCACCUCACGCAGAAAGAAGGGACGGCACGGAGACAACUUCCGUCGUGAAAUCACCAUGAGAGAAGAAAGAAUCAGAAGGGGGCCCAGACCCAUACAGAGGAGGAAAUGACCAGAUAUGUGGAGGAGCUCCAAAAGCACCAGGAAACAGCUGAAAAGACCAAGAGAGUGAGCACCAAAGAGAUCUAAUGAGGAGGCAUCUGGGAAAGGUGUCCAGAGCCUGGCACCUUCUCUUCCACUUCAGCGCUGAGUCCAGUAUACGCAAGUGUCUGCUACAAUCGCCAAAUCACCAGUAUUUGCUUGUAUAGCAAUGAGUUUUAUUUUGUCUAUUUGUUUUGCAGUAAAGGAAAUGGGGGUGGCUGGCUAGGAGGGGAAGGGCCAUAGCCUUCAUUUCUAGGAGUACUUUGAGAGAAACUGUAAAUGGUGCUCGGGGGCUGGAGGGAAACUGCAUCGGUGUUGGGAGAGUGUACCCAGAUCUGGAACACUUCUGAGUCUACCACAGCUGUGAACAUGCUGCAGGGGGUGCAGGCAGUGAGAAAGAGCUUAGCAGGCUGUCCCCAGAGGAGGGAUUUGGGAAGCUCAGUGGAGAAGACUGCAUUCGGCUUCCAGCCCUUCCUGCUGCCAUCAGCAUAACAGACCUCUAGCAUCUGUGCUUCUCCUCAUGGCCCCAGCCACUGGCUCUAGAUACACGGCCAUCCUCCUAGUUACCCAGUGUCUGGGAGGGUGCACCCAAAUGAUGCAGAUACUUGUAGACUUUGAGCCCCUUAGAGACCUAACCAAAUUUUUAAAAUACUUUUUACCAAAGGUGCUAUUUUUCUGUAAACUUUUUUGGCAAGUUGAUUUCAUUCUUCAGUUAUUAUCAUUAUAUUAUUGUUGUUGUUGUUUAAUAUUUUAUUUUCUUGACUAGAAAUUAAGCUUUUGUAAUUAUUUUUCAUUAGUCCUGCCAUUUCAGAGGUGGGAGAGUUUGGGGUUCUUCCUUGUGCAGGGACUGCUAUCACCCGGACUCCCCCCAGCCCUGCCACAUACUAGAUGCAGCCCAGAGUUUGCCCCCUGGCUUCCAGUGGGUCAGCAGUCUGUCAGAGCAGGGAGUACCUCAGACAGCAGCCAGGAGAAGUGUCUCCAUACAAAGCUUUUAAGAUCCAAAAAGCUAAUUUGUUUUCAUUCAUUCUCAUAGAUCCAUGCAAAUCAGUAUUCCAAAGGAUUGAGACCAGUGCAGCUAAGCAAGGCUUAGAUGUCCCAGCCUAUCAAUAUGCUCACUGAUCCUCCACUAACUAGGAGAGUGACUCUGUCCCUGUCUCUUCCUAUUUCUGGGCCUCAGUUUCCUCAGCAGGUAGGAAUGCAUUAAACUUUUGACUUGAGAAAUUGUAAAUUCUGUGGUUCUGAUAAUUGGUCCAGAAGGAGACAAUGUGAUUUUCCUCCUUCUGCUUAAGAUAAAUGAAACCUUGUCGUUAUAUAAGAGUCAGACAGCCAAAAACAAGCUGACCAAAUCUGACCUCGGCCUGAAUGGCCCCACGGGUUGUGCUGUGAUGCAGAGCCUUCUGGUAAAGCCUGCCCAGGAAGAGAGUGGGAAAGAGAACCACUUCACUUUGUCUUCACUUUUGCAUGUCAUCUUUAACCUUCGUGGGAACAGAAAUGGCUUUCCCUUUAGAGAUGAGGAUGAAAGAAGGUUUCACAUUUUGAGAGGGAAAAAAAUGGACAUUGAAUCUUAAAACUGUGACUGGGGAGAAGUCAGUCAUUCCUGUGUCUUUCGGCCUCUGUGAUAAUUAACUCCACUCAAUACAAUGUUUAGGAUGCAUUUGGAAUAACAAAAUUGAAAACUUGACAUAAGAUCUCAUUUUCAGAAAGCAGAUUACAGACCACCAAAGGGAAAUGAUGUAGACUGUACUGCACAGGCAACUCUGAGACAGUUGUGCUGAAAAUGGAAUUCCUUCUAAACAGGUUUCCUUUCUCUCCUUUGAAAACAUUCCACUUUGUUUAGAAUUCUGAGCUUUUGUAAAUCAUCCCACUUAAAAGCUGUCUUCCAACCCAACUUGUGUGGUCUGAAAUGUACCUCCCUGUCAAAGUGCCUUGGAGAACUCCCAACAGCACGCCUUGAUCAAGAUUUGCCAGCCCUUGGACACUAUGGAAGAGAGGGCAGGAGUACCAGUCUGUUUAAAGCAAGAAGGCAGAGUGUCUCCUCACCAGUUACAUUUAGGUCAGUGGUUGCUAUCCAAGACGACCCUCCCCUGCAACAUUGAAUUCCCAAGAGCAAAAUCUGCAUUCCUUCUGUAAAUAGGGAAGCUACUGUCUGCACCACAGGAUCAUGUGAUCUGACAAUCAUUCACGGAAAGCUGCUAAAUAGCCUAGUCUGGGGAGUCUUGCGUGAAGCUUUGCAUGGAGCAAAUAAACAGGAUUCAAUUGGGUUCAGUUCUUCCAGCUCUCUAAAAGCACAGGGCUCAGACUGCAAGCUUCCUUGGGCUUUCUCUGUGUGUGCAUGGUUUUUAUAAACAUAUUACAGCAUCUGUUAAGAUUCAGUGUCCAUGGAAACCUUCUCACAUGCCAUGACUCUGGACUCCAUCACUGCUUUUGGAAAGCAGGGCUCCUCCACCUGCUAAUAAGCCCAUGUGGACCAGUCUGAAUGUCUUCCCUUUAUACUUGUGUUUUUAAACAGUCAAAUUCCAAGAAGCAAUUUGGACAGGUUUCUGUUGCCUGUGUAUUUGUGAAAUGUAUUUGUAUUUAGUAGGCUUCCUUAUUGCAUUUAACUUGUUUUUUGUUAACUCUUGAUUUUUUUUUUUUGGAUACUAUUGAUAAAUAAAGAAAUAAAAAUAAUA